CACACCCCCAACAGAUUCCUGCACACAUUAGAUUGCAAUUUUUUUGGUAUUGAAGUAUUCCUGUACUUAAAAGAUGGGCCCUGCUUACAUACACACAAUGGCCCUAAACAAUAAAUAGGGAAGUGUGUUGUUUCCCCUGAAUGAACCCUGAAAACAUUUAGUUUGCGUUAUGAGCUAUCGACAUUAAGUCAAUGGAUUAGGAAGAUGUCAACCACAAACAGAUGUAACAGUGAAGGCCCUGUUCCACUUUUUGUUUUGCCCUCGGCUGGCAUCAAACAAGACGCGAGUUAAUUAUGUGAUUACGCAAGUAUGGGCCGCACUCACUGCUGACUCAGCGCUGGGUUUCAUUCUUAUAUUGAGCUCACACAGACAAUUAACGGGAUUAAACUCUGAGCCCAAAAGAUAUUCAGGAAAAACAAUAAGACAAUGAAAAAUGUGUGUAGUAUCGCGCCGCCAUAAAAGCCAUGUCAGCGGGCUAUUCAUUAACCGCUUCAUGCAGACAUGCCGUCUUAGAGAAAUUACAGGGACAAACGCUGGCAGCAAAGUCCAUAACACUCAGAAAUAACCCCCUGCCACGACAAGGGAAAUUAUAAGUCUUCCAAAUGGACGUCUCUCUUUUUUUGCCGGCAUGAUAUAAUUGUAUCGGCACGAGGAAUGCGCCCGGCGUGGAUUCAGAGCGUGUUGCGCACCCAUGAAUUCAUUCAGCCAUGCUUCCCGGGUACGGAUUCUCCCCUCUUCCUGACUUCCAGCUCCACAUUAACGCGUUCCACUGCCGAGGAGAGAACCCCAGCAUGUGGAUACCUGGCUCAGGCGACCCCCAAGCUCUGAGCGAGGGCCGAGACGGCAGGCCUCUGCUACGGCCGUGUCACCACAAGCACGUGGCCGUGUGCCGGCAGGAGACGCUCGCUUUCAUUGAGCUCCAGCAUACGCUGACGACUACACUCCACAGCCCCCUUGGCAUUGCCAGGCCCACCGGUGACACGCAGGACACCACACCCCUCUCAACCACCCUGGCCCCUCUCAACGGACUAAAACGCUCCCUGCUGGAUCUCCGAAGCGACCGGGCGGGCUGCACCUUGGGCUCCACGCCUCCAGAGUGCGGAGAUAAGUCCAACGGCCGCACUCGCGCCGUCACUGAGACGGAGGGAGAGACUGAGCGACCGCUGGCUGGGACCAGGGUGCAUCGCCCCCUGCAAACAGCCCUGAGCCUUCCCGUGUCGGUCCCGCUGUCCUCUUUCUGUACGGUGCCCGGAAGACCUUUGGAGCGUCGUUUGACCUCCUCACCCUCCUCACCCGUCUCGGCCACCGAGGUCUCCGGCUGUCAAAACCCAGACUCAAGUCAACCACAGAGACGGCUGUCACAGGGCUCCCUGAGGGAGAAGAGCAUCCGGCGAAAGAUGCGGGUUUAUUCGCCAGACACGGCAAGCGAUGAGCCUCUGGGCAGUCCAGUGGAUGGGGACUACCUCUUCCCAGGUGCCUUCAGUAGCUUUCUAGAGGAGGAACCGAGUGAAUGCUCUCCUCUGGAGACGGGAAACUGCCCUCCUCUGCUCGAGGCUGCAGUGGACCUCUGCCACUCCGAUGGCUCGGACGCGUUCGAUAUGCUGGAAGAGCCCCUUCACAUCACAGAGGACUUAGAGCCGGGGUCUCUGGAGAGCUGUGGGCCGGUGGACCCUUUGAACUCCACAGGGCGGAACUCUUUACCACAGACACGUCAGGUGGAUCACGAGCACCGGCGCUUCUCAGCGUCGGAGCUGAUCUCCAGACUUCAGCUGUCCCAGAGGAAGAACUCUUUCGCCCUGAAGCUGGGGAAAUCACUGUCUGCUCGGGUAGCCUCCAGGGACAGACAGAGCUCCAGCUGCCUCGUCCCCCAACCCGACUCUAAGUGUACCGUAAGGCAGCGUUGCCCGGGAGGCUCCAGCGACAGUGCUCCACAGAGCCCUGUGGGCCCCCCACCGUCCCAGGCCAACGUCGACACCAGCAUGCUGCUGCAGCGAUGGAGUACAAAGCUCGGCACAACUAUUCCCAACAGGAUGCGAAAGAAAUCCAUCGAGGAGGACUUCAGCACAACCUCUACGGUGGCCAGCUCAAAGCGCUUGUCGCGUUUUCUGCCGAGCUCGAUUCUGUACCAGGAGUACAGCGACGUGGCCAUCAACCGGGAGAUCCAGAGGCAGCAGGGGAAGGAGCCCGGCACCGACGAGGAGGGGCUGAAGGGAGAGGGGUCGGACGGCUGCCCGUCUCCCUCCAACCUGUCUCCCUCCAGCUCCUUCCGCUCGUCGCGGGGCUCUGCCUUCGCCCUGUGGCAGGACAUCCCCGACGUCCGCACCAGCGGGCAGCUGGACAACUUCAGCAACGAGGAGAGGAAACUACAAGAGGCCAAGUUUGAGCUGGUGACGUCGGAGGCCUCGUACAUCCGCAGCCUUAGCAUCGCGGUGGACCACUUCAUGAUGUCCCCGGAGCUGGCCGAGUGUCUGGGGGCCCAAGACAAGCAGUGGCUCUUCUCCAAGCUCCCGGAAGUCAAAGAUGUCAGUGAGAGGUUCCUUCAGGCCCUGGAGCGGCGGCUGGAGCAGGACAUCCUGCGCUUCGACGUGUGUGACAUCGUCUUCGACCACUGCCCGGCUCUGCGUAGGGUUUACCUCCCCUACGUCACCAACCAGGCCUACCAGGAGCAGACGUACCAGCGGCUGCUGCUGGAUAACGCUCGCUUCCCGGGAAUCCUGGCCCGCUUGGAGGAGGACUCGGUGUGCCAGAGACUCCCCCUCACCUCCUUCCUGAUCCUGCCCUUCCAGAGGAUCACACGGCUCAAGAUGCUGGUGGAGAAUAUUUUAAAGAGGACGACUCCGGGUUCUAGAGACGAGGACACGGCCACAAAAGCUUUCAACGAGCUGAAAAAGAUCAUAAAGGAGUGCAAUUGCAGUGUGCAGUCGAUGAAACGGAUGGAAGAACUCAUUCACCUCAACAAGAAAAUCCAUUUCGAGAGCAAGAUCUUCCCACUCAUCUCCCAGUCCCGCUGGCUGGUGAAGCACGGGGAGCUGCUGGAGGUGGACACCCAGACCAUGAGCAUCUCCGGCUCCAAGCUGAAGCUGCCCACCAAGCCUGUGUACCUCCACCUCUUCAACGACUGUCUGCUGCUCUCCAGACGGAAGGACACGUGGAAGUUUGUGGUGUUUGUGCACGCCAAGAUAGGAGAGCUGAAAGUGAAGGACCUCAGCCAGAAGCUGCAAGGCAUCUCGGGCUUCAUCUUCCACCUGCAGCUGUGUGGGGGGCAGCAGCCCAAGCACCAGAUCCUGCUCAAGGCUCACACUGAGAGCGGGAAGCAGAGGUGGAUCACAGCCAUGUUCCCAUCCCAUCCCCUGGAGGACAUCGAGCAGGCCUGUGAGAAUGAAGAUCUGUCCCAGGUUCAGUGCAUCAGGAGCUACCAGGGCCAGGAGCAUGACGAGCUGACUCUGGAGAAGGCCGACGUGCUCCAGGCCAAGAACAUCACGAGUGACGGCUGGGUGGAGGGCAUCCGCCUCUCGGACGGGGAACGGGGCUGGUUCCCCAAAACGUACGUGGAGGAAAUCACAAGCCGCAGCGCACGCCUCCGCAACCUCCGGGAGAACAUCCGCAUCAAGUGUGUCACGCAGAAACUGCAGGGGGGUCAGUAGGGGGGUGGCGGAGUGUCGGCCCGGGGGGGCCACCACGGUGAGGAAGAUGGCGGCUGUAGGCCUCGGAGCCGCUGCAGCAGGCGGUUGUCUGAUGGCUGUUUUACUACACUGUAGAUAGGAGACCCUGAUGUCAAAUGCGGGUGCUAAAACCAAGCCAAGAUAUUUUUUCUAUCUUUGCAGUUGGGUUCUCGUGAUUUGUGUAGCUCUAAUUAGACUUUUUUUUCUUGCACACUGGCUGUGAAUGAACUCCGAUACAAGAAUAAUUAUGACACUGUUUUUUGACUUGCUCUAGUCCACAUAUUACAAGACACUAUAGCCAGCCUUCUGUUGAAGGCUCUUCGAUAUCUUUUGUUCAUGCUGGCAAUGAUUGCAUUUCGUUUCAGAGAAAUUAGAUUCAGAGCAUUCUGUGUGGAAAAAAAAUCCAUUUUUAAGAUUGGCCAAAAUAAAAGGAUAAAAGUAAAAAAAUACUUUAAUUUAAGUGAUCUGCACUGCAUUUGUUUUUGUAAUAUCGCACAGCAAUAUGGCAACAGGAAGCACCACUCUUGCUGAGUCCCAUGAAUCAGUCAAAUGUGUCCUCACAUGCUGCAAAGAUUCUCAACUGUGGGUGAUCCCAUCAUUCUGAUCGUCCUAGAUUACUUCAAUCAAUCAUUUUUAGACCACACAAAGCACUGAAGCGCUCUGGCCUGCAAGUCUCCGAACAAAUUAUUCCUGGCGAUUCACCCAAGUUAAUUCUCUAAACCCAGGUGGUCCCAGGUUGGAUGCUUUUGGACGUAUUGUUCUGACGUUUCACUAAUCAUGAUUAGUAUGAAAGCUAUAUUCCAACGGCACAUGUUUAUAAAUCCAUUCCCUACCUAUAAGCUGUUUGUUCUAAUUUAAUGUUUUUGCUUUUGCAGCAUGUAUAUUUAUACUCCAAUAGCUGGUAUAUAUCUAUGGAGAACUGGAGUUUACAUCCUUUAGAUGUAGCCUACUUACUACUACGCCAAAUGUAUAAAGAAGAGAAAAUUGCCUCCAUAACUUUUUUGAUGGUUAUUUAUAUCAGCAUACAUUUUAAUACAAAAUCAAUAACAAUUACAUUUAUCAUACACUGUCUUUGUACUUUAUUGCAAAACACUGUAAAUCUUGAUGAAAUAAACAAAAGUAUUUUCUCUUUA